AUGUAGAGAUUUUCUGUCAAGAUAAUAAAAGAGAAUAUUGUCAAAUUAGUAGAUGUUGAUGCUAUUGUAAAUGCGGCUAACUAAGAAUUACUUCCUGGAGGUGGAGUUUGUGGUGCAAUAUUCUAAGCUGCGGGAAGAGAAUUGGAGAGGGAAUGCUAAUAAUAUAUUUAGCAAUAUGGAAUUGUACCCACAUCUAAAUUAGCUGUUACAAGUAGCUGUUAACUAAAAAAAAAUAACAUAAAAUAUAUCAUUCAUGCAGUUGGUCCAAAAUACUUUUAGUCUUCGAGUCCAGAAGAUGAAUUGCAAAUCUGUGUAAACAAUAUUCUCAAUUAAUCAUUCAAUGUAUUGGAAUUGAAAUCGGUUGCUAUUCCAGCUAUUUCAAGUGGAAUUUACGGGUUUCCAAAAGGGUUGUGUGCAUAGAUAUUUAAGCUUGUUAUUGAAGAAUAUCAAAAGGAUACAUCAAAUAAAUAGGGGGAGAUCAUUUUAUGCAAUUUUGAUUAAGAAACUACAACAAUAUUUCAAAAAGUAUUCUAGUAAUAAAACUCAUUUUGA